AUGUCGCCAGUGAAACUACAGCUGGAAGACCCUGGUGCCCCCGACUACGCCAGUGAGGUCAUCGACAUCCUCAAUCCUGCUAUUGCCUCUGACGACCCCUCAUCCAAAAAUGAGGCCGCGGCGGCGAUCGACGCACUCUGCAAGCGGGAAUGCAAUACAGCUGGCUCAGCAGGCGGGUUCCUAUGGUGGUUCUGGGAUCUGAUCCACGAUCUCUCACGCCAGAUUCCCUAUGACAGCGAAGAGCAAGACCGAUUGGCGGCAGUGAUCAGGAGUCUCACUGAUCUGCCGCCCAGGAAGGUCAAUUUAGGCGAAGAAUGGGGCAGUGGUGAUGCGAGUACUGUUGAACUGUGGACUAAUCUACCCAUGUUUGGCAACACAUUCCGCGAAAAGCUUGAUGAUGAUGACUCUGCAGCAUCCUCGGAAGAUCUCAAGAUGAGUAGACGCAUCAAUCUCGAUGUUUACGCAGCACGGAUUGCAGGGCUUUGCCAUCUGCCCUUCGAAGUCUACGCCAUCUGGGCUUUGGCGGAUUCAUUGGAGGACACAACCGCCGAUAAUACAGGCCCUGCUCUAGAAAAUCAGGUAGAAGGGAAAGCUAGAGCUCACAAACUCAUAAGUGCUGCGGUUUGGAUGAUUCAUGUCGGACACCUCCUGUACGGACGGGAUGAGCAGAUCUCCGGGGCUACUGCAGGGACUUUAUGGAAGCAAGGGCGGAUGCUCAAGGGAACGGAUGGGUUGAGCCCCGAGCGGUGGCAGCUAUGGAAAGGGAGGUUUGCAGUCUUUAGAGAUGCUGACGGUGUGGACGCGGAGUCUCGCCGUGUCGCUCGAGAGGCGCACGCUGUGAUGGAGAAACUCGAGAACAAGUCCCCGCAAUAG